UAGGCAUUCACCGUGAUUGUAGUCGAAUUGCGCCGUGCACGCCGUCGUGAUUUGGUAUGCACGUCUUUCUGUCUUCCUUGGUCUUCCUCCGUUCCUCCUAAGCUAGUUGAGUCAGCCGUAGUAGUGGCACGUCGUUAGGUGAAGCCAGUUCCGAGGAUGUCCAAGAAGCAGGACAAGGUGGACAACGGCAUCGUCGCCGUGAAGAGUAAAUUCGACGCCGACAUCAUCAGAUUCUCCAUGAAUCGUAACGAGCCUAUGAGUUAUGAGGACUUUGGAAAGCUAUUGGCGCAAAGACACGACCUGGGGGCAGACUUCAGCUUUUCAAUUUGGUACACGGAUACAGAUGGUGAUCUACUUCCCAUCAAUAAUGAUAACAAUCUGGCGAGAGCUCUAGCAAAUGCCAAGUGCCUGCUCCGAAUUUUUAUACAUAGGAAAGGCGAUGGAGCGUGGGAUAAUGGAUACGGUACAAUGAAACCUAAAAAUUUGAUAUCCAGUAUCUUAGGUGGUACACCAGGCAAGCCAAAAUCUAUAGUCAUUUCAAAUCCACAUGAUUUUAGGCAGGUAUCUGCAAUUAUUGAUGUCGACAUACUGCCAGAAACCUGUCGACGUGUACGUCUAUUAAAACAUGGAUCUGAUAAACCUUUGGGAUUUUAUAUCAAAGAUGGUGAAAGCUAUCGCGUACUGCCACCGUCUGCUGGUGGUGGAAUUGAGAAGGUUCCAGGUGUAUUCAUUAGUAGAUUGGUACCGGGUGGCUUAGCAGAAAGUACAGGGCUUCUAGCUGUGAAUGAUGAAGUUUUGGAAGUAAACGGUAUAGAAGUUGCAGGAAAAACGCUUGAUCAGGUGACAGAUAUGAUGAUAGCAAAUUCCUCUAAUCUCAUCAUAACUGUCAAGCCGGCAAAUCAGAGAGCAGCAUUAACAGCACCUCGUCGUGGUUCAUUCUCACGUAACAGUCAAUUGUCGUCAGGAAGUCGUCAGUCUACGCAGAGUGCCGGUAGUGAUGAAGAGGCAGACGAGAUUGUCGAUCUUACAGGCAUGACGAUGCAAGAUGAUGCUUCGGCAUCGUCCACUCAGCACCAUCACUAUCACCAUCAUCAUCAUCAUCAUCAAAAUUACGAUCAGGGUGUACUGCACCUGUAGGGUAACGCGUUUUAUAUUUACAAACUAUAGAAUGGUAAUAGAUAAUUCGUUAUAAAGUAUCGAAAUAUAGGCGUGUAGGAAAAUAAAAUAUAUAAUAGCGAAAGGAAGAUAAUUUCUACGCAGUAUUAUGAAUUGUGUAUGACUGAUCUCUGAGGUGAUGCUUUGUGAAUUCUAUGAUUAAGAAAACUUUUAUCUCGAUACUUUGUAACCAGUUGUCUAUUGCUUUGGGACGUCAUGUAUUAGGCAGAUUAGAUUACACUAUCGCGAAGAAUAUAAAUUUUGCUGCCUGACAAAUAACGUUCCAAAAGUAACAGUGGCCUUACAUA